GAAUGCAUGUUAGAAUGCACGGUUAGAGCUUAUAGUGUAGCUUCAAGCCUAGAGAGAUAUGUUUGCAAUGAAAGGAUUACUCUGCAUUUUAGUUACCCUGCUUGCUGUCAAAACAACUGCUGGUGUGAAGAAUGUGUUAUUCCUUGCAGUGGAUGAUUUUAGACCUGAGCUCGGUAGUUAUGGAGUUGAUUUCGUAAAGUCCCCCAAUAUUGACAAACUAGCUUCCGAGUCACUCGUCUUUGAUAAAGCAUACUGUCAGGUAGCAGUGUGUUCACCAUCUCGAGCUUCUCUCCUCACUGGAAGACGUCCAGACACUAACCAUGUUUGGAGAAUCGCUAGUGACGAAUAUUGGAGGACAACUACGAAUGCUACAACUAUUCCUCAAUACUUCAAAGAGAAUGGGUAUGUGAGUGCUGGAAUGGGAAAGAUAUUCCACCCUGGUCCCCCAAGUGGAAAUGAUGAUAUACAAUACUCAUGGAGUGUGCCUUACUUUCAUGCUGAUGCUGAUUUUGCCAACCACACAUCAUGGAAUAAUUUUGAUACAGAUGCUAGCGACCUGCAAGACGGAAAAAUUGCUGACAAUGCUAUCACCACCAUGAAAGAGAUCAAAGAAAACAGGACCAAAGGAGACAACAGGCCUUUCUUUCUCGCUGUCGGUUUUCACAAGCCUCACCUUCCGUUCUAUUGUUCCGAAGAGUUCUACAACAUGUACCCGUCAGCUGAUCAAAUAGCACUCCCAAAUAAUCCAAAUGUACCAAAAAACUUUCCCCCAAUUGCAAGAGGUUUCACAGAGAUCUUUUCGUACAGUGACAUUAGAAAGUUGUACCCUGAUAUAAUGAAGUGUAGGACUGACGCACAAGCAUCGUUGUAUGGAGAUGAGUGCCGAAUCCCUGACGAUUACACUCGUGUGCUGAGGAGGGGUUACUAUGCAUGUGUGAGUCAAACAGAUGCACAAAUUGGGAAGGUGAUCAGUGAAAUGACAUCACUCGGGUUAGCAGACGAUACUAUCAUUGUCUUAUGGGGUGACCACGGCUGGCAACUGGGCGAACACAAUCAUUGGUGUAAACAAACUAAUUUUGAAGAUGCUACACGAGUACCCUUUAUGUUGAGGGUUCCUGGGGUCACGGACAAAGGCAUGCGUACUAGCGCUCUGGUUGAACUCAUUGACAUAUUCCCGACAAUCACUGAGCUAGCUGGUAUUAAGGUACCUCCAAUGUGUCCUGUUGGAAACAAGCAACCUCUGGCGUGUGUGGAGGGGACUAGUCUAACCCCUCUGCUCCAGAACCCCAAAAUGGAGUUCAAGAAAGCAGCCUUUUCUCAAUACCCACGUCCUUCAGCCGGACUUACCUCUAUACCAAAUGAGCCACCUUUUGACAGAACAGAUGCUGAAAGCGUAAUGGGUUACUCCAUUCGAGUCGACCAGUAUCGUUUCACAGAAUGGUAUCGUUUCGAUCACACAACAGCAACUCCAAAUUUUACAGAUAUUUGGGGGACUGAACUUUAUAACCACACUGAGCCUACAAUGUCCUUCAACGAUGAGAAUGAGAACAUGGCCGGUGACUCAGACAAGCAAGAUUUGGUUGAAUCUCUACGAAAAAUACUACAAGCUGGUUGGAGGGCAGCUAUGCCUUGAAUAACAAAAUGUACAUUCAGUGCUAGAUUUAGUAGAUCAGCAAGUGCUUAAAUUAUACAGCUAUUGUGUAUACAUAUUCAUAUCGUGUGUGAAUAUUUUGUUUACAGCUGAA